AUGACGAUCUCUAUGCAUUUUUGGCUGAUGACAGCUUUUUUGCUAACGGCAUUAGUUGGUGUUGUGGAUGGCUUGACUCUGAAUCGUCGAUCAAUAUUACUCGGCAGUGCCUCGGCCAUACUACCCUCCAUUCAUCCAAGUUUGGUACAGGAGGCUAAUGCAAUUCCACUACCAUUUGAAAAGAAAGAUCGGCGACAACUGGAACUCUGUUUGGUGAACGUCCUUCGGGUCCAAUAUUGGGCAAUGAAGGUUGCCGACAUUCUGAAAAAUGCACCGACCGACGACCAAAAGAAAAAGGCAUAUCUAGAGGUGAGGUUGGGAGCCAAGGCCAUGGUGGCCGACAAAAAGAUCAAGAUUGGUGGUGGAUCGUUACUCUCUGUUAUUACCUUACGAGGCUUGCAAAUCAAGGAUUGUUUGGAUGAUUUGAAGUACUAUGCCAAAAACAAGAAAAUGGAUCAAUAUCGAGACGAUUUAAUUGAAUCUCUAGCUUCCUUGGUUGAAUUUGAUGGGCUAGAAACUACCCAGGAUCCAUCACCAAGGUCAACCUUGACUCUAGGAAUGUACAAUGAGAGCAAAAACAUUUAUGUCCAAAGAAUGUUGACGGAACGAAUCAUUCCUUUGACGGACCAAACAGUCAACUAUUUUGGCAAGGACCAACGGAUCAAAUGUGAAGGUUAUGUGGAACAAUUCUAUCCAAGGGAAUUGCCGGCAAAAAAGAUAAUACAGGAGCAAGUCAAGCCAACAGAGGGUGAAGAAAUAAAUAAGCAAGUGGAGCAAUAG